UUCGCGUGAGAUUUUUAGUGCUUUACUGAGCAAAGGUAAGGACUGCCGGUGUGUAUGAGUGUGUGUUAAUCGAAUUGCGACAGUUCGUUCUUUGUUCUUGGACUAACAACGAUGAAAAUAGCGUUUGUCGUCCUGGCCGCCUGUGCGGCGGCUGUCGCCACCCCCGCCAUCAACCAAAUUAGGCCGGUUUCCAACAGGCCGGGCCGCUUCUUGUCCUUGCCUAAUCCACAGAAAUGUGCCAACAGGCCGAAACAGUUCUCCUUCCGGGGGCAUAAUUACUUCUUCAGCGGUCACGUGCCGGAAUUGGCCAAUAGGAAAGUGGAUUGGUUAGACGGAAGGAACAUCUGUAGGGAGUAUUGUAUGGAUUUGGUGUCUCUGGAGACGCAGGAGGAAAAUAAUAUGAUCUUCAGACUUAUCCAACAGAACGACGUGCCGUACAUCUGGACAUCUGGAAGGCUGUGCGACUUCAAAGGCUGCGAGAACCGCUCCGACCUCGAGCCCAAGAACGUGUACGGCUGGUUCUGGUCGGCGAACCGCGAGAAGAUGGCGCCCACCAACCAGCGGCCCAACGGCUGGGGCUACAACCCGUGGUCGUCCACCGGCCACAAGAAGCAGCGCCAGCCCGACAAUGCCGAGUUCGACAUCAACGGGACGAGCGAGUCGUGCCUCUCGGUCCUGAACAACGUCUACAACGACGGCAUCGCCUGGCACGACGUGGCCUGCUACCACGAGAAGCCCAUCGUCUGCGAGGACUCGGAGGAGCUGCUGAACUACGUGGCGUCCACGAACCGCGGCCUUCGGCUCUAGGGUGGGCGCACCUGCAUUUUGUACCAGCGUAGAGUAAUUUUGUUCGAUUGUAUAAAUGGAAAUUACGUAUUUAUUGUAUUUUUUUUUUUGAUAUUUUUGUGUCUACUUUGAUGUAACGGAUCUUAUCAGGUACCUAAUAAAAUUUAAGUUAAUUUUA